GCCCACUCCCCCGGCCGGCCAUGAACGCCUCGCUGGGCAAUCAGACCGAGGCGGCGGGGCUCUUCUUCGCCAACAGCAGUGACUCCCUGGAGCGGGCCCUGGGCUGCUGCACCCAGGCCUCCGUGGUGACCGACAACGGCUUCGUGGUGACCGGCCCGGACGAGAGGAGCCUCUACAUCAUGCGGGUGGUGCAGAUCGCGGUCAUGUGCGUCCUCUCGCUCACCGUGGUCUUCGGCAUCUUCUUCCUGGGCUGCAACCUGCUCAUCAAGUCCGAGGGGAUGAUCAACUUCUUGGUGAAGGACCGGAGACCGUCCAAAGAGGUGGAGGCGGUGGUGGUCGGGCCCUACUGACAGCAAGUGCCUCCCGCUGAGGAUCCGCCCAGGAAACAGGUGGCACUUUCCGCAGGCCCUCGCUGCUGCUGCAGCGGCCACGGGUGCCUUUUGUCCGAGGGGGCCAGCCCCACCCCGGGAAGGGGAGCGGAGGCGCCUCGGGACCCGCUGCGGGCUUGGGGGCUCUGUCACUGCUUGCUGCCCGGGGACGCUCGGAUGCAAGCCCCGGUUCUGCCGCGGCUCCUGAGCAGGGCGGCUGGGGGGGAAGGACACAGCCCCAGCAAAGCAGUCAGGGCGCGUCUGUCUCUGCUGUGUGUUACAGGGCCAGAGCUGAGCCUCUUGCAGCGCCUUGUAUAUAGUGAUUGUAACGCACUUUGCUGCUUGGUUUAAAACUGGGGGGUGGGGGUGGUAAGGAAAUGCUGAUUGUCAAAUGUUAAUUCCUGUUUUAGAGAUUUUCCUUCCACGGUUUUUCAUACGUUUGAUAACAGCCAGGACGCUGGCUCGGUGGGACGCGGGUUGGCAGUUCGUUGCCUCUAAACAAAUAACACUAACAACCACCAUGUGAAUGUUUUGAAGUUGUCUUUCUACUGUAGCGUUUUUUGUAGCCAGGGUCCGAGUCCCUCUUGCGCCUGCGAGAGCCGGCGAGCCUGAAGGCUGAGCCCUCGCUUCUUGUCUAUGAAUUGCACGGUUUACACAGCGAAAAGCGCUCGGGCGGGAACUGUCUUGGUUUGGUUUUUCUGGUUUCAUUUGC